ACACACACACACACACACACACACACACACACACACACACAGGGCAGGCUCGUCUGAACUUGAAGACAUUCCACAUUCCAAGAGGCUGCAGGUUCCUGGGGAUGCCGGGGGUUUCUUCAAUCAGGAAAAUCUUAACCUCAUCUUCCUAGGAGGGAUUUUCUUUUCUUUCCUUUUCCCCCUUUAUUAUUAUUAUUUUUUUUAAUCUGGAAGAGGAGAGCACAAGUUGUACUCCCCCUCCCGCCUCUUCUUGCUAAAUGCCAUGGAUAUAACUGAAUAAGCUGCUCAGGGCUCUCCCCGUUUGGAUGGUCCGAGGCCACCAUCUGCCUGCCUUCGCUGGAUCGCUGGAGUGGAGAGCUUAGCGUGAGACUGUCUGGGGCCAGAAAGGAUGCGUGGCCGAGUCAGGGAGCCCGGGCGCCCUGCGGAGCCGGCCUCGGAGCCUCCCAGCCGCGGGUAGAUGCCGCCUUGCCCAGGUGCCGAGGCUGAGUGACCAGACCAUGGAGACUCUGCUUGGUGGGCUGCUGGCUUUUGGCAUGGCGUUUGCUGUUGUCGAUGCCUGCCCCAAGUACUGUGUCUGCCAGAACCUGUCUGAGUCACUGGGGACCCUGUGUCCCUCCAAGGGGCUCCUCUUUGUGCCCCCUGACAUUGACCGGAGGACGGUGGAGCUGCGCCUGGGUGGCAAUUUCAUCAUCCACAUUGGCCGCCAGGACUUUGCCAAUAUGACAGGAUUGGUGGAUCUGACCUUGUCUAGAAACACCAUUAGCCACAUCCAGCCCUUCUCCUUCCUGGACCUCGAGAGUCUCCGAUCCUUGCACCUUGACAGCAACCGGCUGCCCAGCCUUGGGGAGGACACACUCCGGGGCCUGGUCAACCUGCAGCACCUCAUCGUGAACAAUAACCAGCUGGGCGGCAUCGCUGACGAUGCCUUUGAGGAUUUCCUGCUGACGUUAGAAGAUCUGGACCUAUCCUACAACAACCUCCACGGGCUGCCGUGGGAUUCUGUAAGGCGCAUGGUCAACCUCCACCAGCUGAGCCUGGACCACAAUCUGUUGGACCACAUUGCCGAGGGUACCUUUGCAGACCUUCAGAAACUGGCCCGCCUGGACCUCACAUCCAAUCGGCUGCAGAAGCUGCCCCCGGAUCCCAUCUUUGCUCGCUCCCAGGCCUCCUUGCUCACUGCCACGCCCUUUGCCCCACCCCUGUCCUUUAGUUUUGGGGGAAACCCACUGCACUGCAAUUGUGAGCUUCUCUGGCUGCGGAGGCUGGAGAGGGAUGACGACCUGGAGACCUGUGGUUCCCCUGGAGGCCUCAAGGGGCGCUAUUUUUGGCAUAUUCGUGAGGAGGAGUUUGUAUGUGAGCCACCUCUCAUCACACAACACACACACAAGCUUCUGGUUCUGGAGGGCCAGGCAGCCACUCUCAAGUGCAAGGCCAUCGGGGACCCUAGUCCCUUGAUCCACUGGGUGGCCCCUGACGACCGCCUUGUGGGAAACUCCUCCAGGACUGCAGUAUAUGACAACGGCACCCUGGACAUUCUUAUUACCACCUCUCAGGACAGUGGAGCCUUCACUUGCAUUGCAGCUAAUGCUGCAGGAGAAGCCACGGCCACAGUGGAGGUCUCCAUUGUCCAACUCCCACACCUCAGCAACAGCACUGGCCGGAUGGCACCCCCCAAGUCUCGCCUUUCAGAUAUCACAGGUUCCAGCAAGACCAGCCGGGGAGGGGGAGGCAGUGGGGGUGGGGAGCCUCCCAAAAGCACCCAGGAGAGGGCUGUUCUGGUGUCGGAUGUGACCACCACAUCUGCCUUGGUCAAGUGGUCCGUCAGCAAGUCAGCUCCCCGAGUGAAGAUGUAUCAGCUGCAGUACAACUGCUCUGACGACGAGGUACUGAUUUACAGGAUGAUCCCAGCCUCCAACAAGGCCUUCGUGGUCAACAACCUGGUGUCCGGGACGGGCUACGACUUGUGUGUGCUAGCCAUGUGGGACGACACGGCCACGACGCUCACGGCCACCAACAUUGUGGGCUGCGCCCAGUUCUUCACCAAGGCUGACUACCCACAAUGCCAGUCUAUGCACAGUCAGGUCCUGGGGGGCACCAUGAUUCUGAUCAUCGGGGGUAUCAUUGUGACCACACUGCUGGUCUUCAUCGUCAUCCUCAUGGUCCGGUAUAAAGUCUGCAACCACGACACCCCAGGCAAGAUGGCAGCAGCCACUGUCAGCAAUGUGUACUCGCAGACCAAUGGGGCCCAGCCUCCACCUCUGGGUGGGAUCCCUGUUGGGCAGCUUCCUCAGGCACCACCCAAGGUUGUGGUGCGGAAUGAGUUGAUGGACUUCAGCACAAGCCUGGCCAGGGCCUGUGACUCUUCUUCCUCCAGCUCUCUGGGCAGCGGGGAAGCUGCAGGCCUGAGCCGGGGUCCCUGGAGGCUCCCACCCCCUGCUCCUCGCCCCAAGCCCAGCCUUGACCGCUUAAUGGGAGCCUUUGCCUCCCUGGACCUCAAGAGUCAAAGGAAAGAAGAACUUCUAGACUCCAGGACUCCAGCAGGCAGAGGGGCAGGGACAUCAGCCAGGGGCCACCACUCAGACCGAGAGCCACUGCUGGGGCCCCCGGCCACCCGUGCCAGGAGUCUUCUCCCUUUGCCCCUGGAGGGCAAGGCCAAAAGAAGCCACUCUUUUGACAUGGGAGACUUCGCAGCUGCAGCUGCAGCUGCUCCUGGUGGCUAUAGCCCCCCUAGGCGGGUCUCAAACAUCUGGACGAAGCGCAGCCUGUCUGUCAACGGCAUGCUCUUGCCCUUUGAGGAGAGUGACCUGGUGGGAGCCCGGGGGACAUUUGGCAGCUCAGAGUGGGUAAUGGAAAGUACUGUGUAGCUGGGGUGGGCGCACCCUUCCUCCCACUCUCGGUGGGAGAGCAAGGGGACAGAGUCAGCACUGGCAAGUGUUUGUGGAGUUUCCAUGGUGAUGUUUACAUCCAGGGACAGUCUUGUCUCCCUGUCAACAGCCUCAUGUCCUUCUGCCCAGCUACACCUCUCUCCCCAUGUCACCUUCCCAUGCCUGUCCCACCACCCAGCGGGGUGUGCUCAGGGAAUGGGACUCGCUCAAGUGUCAGACUGAGCCCUGAGUGUUUGGAGAGGCAGCAGACUGCCUUUCUACUCACAGAUGUAGCGACAAGCAAGCGGCUUCGGAUUGCUUAUGGAUCCAGUGUUGUUUUGAUUUCUUAAUUUAUUUUUCCAUUUCCCAGA